UCUUCAAGGUUCACACAUCCGCCGGUGGUGUGUUGGUGUGUUUUGCCCGGUGGGGCAUGUGUGAGCGUGUUUCUGCCCCCGGUGGGGGUAAUACUGGGCCCGCGGCCAGCCUGUCCGCCCCGGGUUCAGCCCCGCAGGAGGAGGAGGAGGACGGCGGCGGCGGCGGGGUGUUUCUGGAUCUGACGGAUCUGCCAGUGGAGCAAAGCGAGAGGAGACCGACCUGCCCGCGCUGCUGUCGCCCAGAGAAAGUUUGCCUGUGUCCGUUUCUGCCUGUUAAUCCUCUGGAGGUGUCCACCUGCCUGUACAUCGUCCAGCACCCUGCUGAGGAGAGCCGAGUGCUCCGAACGGUUCCUCUGCUGGUGGCGUGUUUACCGAAGGGAAAAUGUAACGUUCUGGUUGGGCGACGAUUUGGUGAAGAGAGGUUCCCUGAUUUAGCCGCAGUCUGCAGAGACAAGCACACACUAAUCCUGUAUCCUGGAUCUGAUGCUGAAAAUCUGGAGGAGCUGGACACGGACUUCACCUCCACUCCACACAAUGUCAUCAUUAUAGAUGGCACCUGGAGCCAAGCCAAGGACAUGUUCCUCAGAAACGCUCUCUUCCGUUUACCCAAACAGGUGCAGUUAAAUAGCGCCCCCUCCAGUCAGUACGUGAUUCGUACUCAGCCCACCAACAUGUGCCUGUCCACACUAGAAUGUGCUGCUGUCACUUUGUCCAUUAUGGAGAGAAACCAAGCCAUACAAGAGGUUCUGCUGAGGCCACUGCGUGCCUUGUGCUCUUUCCAGCUGCAGCACGGAGCUCAGGUUCACCACAGCAAAGAACACCUGCUGAAGAACGGCCUGUACGAUAAACCCAUGCCCAAAAACAAGCGCAAGAUCAAGAGGAUGCAGAAACUUAUCACCAACCAGAACAUCUGACACAAGAAACAGCAUAGGUUUUUAAAUUUGAAUAUUUAUUUGAUGUAAAUUGAUUUUUCAGAGACAGUUCUGCACCUUUUGAUUGAUCUACAUGUUCCUGUUGUUUUUGUCUGUCUCUGGGAUUUUGACUUUUGUAAUAUUAAACUCACUAUGGACAGGAGAUUCAAUUGCUGUACAAAAUCAACAACCACUGCUAAUCACUACAACUCAACAACUCAACAAACCUCUGCUCCUGCUUCUGUCAUGUUCAUGUACCUGAACAGAUGGGGACGGGGACGGUUUCUUUGGGGACGGUUUCUUUAUAACAACAAACAAAUUCUGCUUAUUAUCUGUUUAUUUCUGUUCUGAUUGACUAUAGGAUUUACCCUGGUUACAGUAAAUUCAAAAAGGUAAAAUCUGAUUGGUGCACUGGCUUAUCACUGUAAUAUAAGGCAUUGGCCAUGUAUUAUUACAUGUGAGUAUAUCUGACCUGUUUAAUCAUGCUUCAUGUUUGUUUAUGAGAGAGGUGUUACAUGACUUACAAGCUACUGUUAUUUUCUAAAGCCUGGUUUUAGCCGUUUUAGACUUUUAGACUAGCAUUUAACUUCUUUUUUGGGUUAAAUGUAACUGAAAUAAAUUAUUUCAUGAUUUC